CUCCUGAAGCAUCCCGAAUCGUCCAAGACUGUUCACUUCCCAUUUGACCCCCGACUUGCCGUUCCAUUCUUCUACUCCACCGUCCCCGGGCCUCUCUUCCUCUCUUGGGCCUGCUUUUUCUCUCCCUCGCCAUUUCGUUUCGUUUCGUUUCUGGCCUCUGCAGCUCCACGUCCUUGGAGCCCAACUCGACUCGACCUUCAAGUACAAUUAGCACCGCUGUCUGUGCCGUCUCAAUCUACGACACUUUCGCCUCACGAUUGUCCGCCUACCCAGUCUAUGGCUACCCUUCCAGGUCAGCUCAAAUACCAUCGUGGCUCAAUACGACCGCCUUCGUCCUCUUGGUACGGAUACCUAGAGACCCUACUCGAAUCCCAGCACGGCGGCAAUACAUAG